UUUUCCCAGUUGUCCAGCAUGCUCUGCCCACCCCACGCAGAGGCGCACUGACCAUGAGCCUCAACUCCUCCCUCGGCCACAGGAAGGAGCUGAGCAACCUCACUGUGGUGGAGGGCAGUGGAGGGGACGGCCUUGUCACUGAGUUCAUCGCCAUCAUUGUCAUCACCAUUUUUGUCUGCCUGGGCAACCUAGUUAUCGUGGUCACCUUGUACAAGAAGUCCUACCUCCUCACCCUCAGCAACAAGUUCGUCUUCAGCCUGACCCUGUCUAACUUCCUGCUGUCUGUGUUGGUGCUGCCUUUCGUGGUGACAAGCUCCAUUCGGAGGGAAUGGAUCUUUGGUGUGGUCUGGUGCAACUUCUCCGCCCUACUCUACCUGCUGAUCAGCUCGGCCAGCAUGCUCACCCUCGGGGUCAUUGCUAUCGACCGCUACUAUGCUGUCCUCUACCCCAUGGUGUAUCCCAUGAAGAUCACGGGGAACCGAGCUGUGAUGGCCCUUGUCUACAUCUGGCUUCACUCCCUCGUCGGCUGCUUGCCCCCCUUAUUUGGUUGGUCAUCAGUGGAGUUUGACGAGUUCAAGUGGAUGUGUGUAGCUGCAUGGCACCGGGAGCCUGGCUACACUGCCUUCUGGCAGAUCUGGUGUGCUCUCUUCCCCUUCCUGGUUAUGCUGGUGUGCUAUGGCUUCAUCUUCCGCGUGGCCAGGGUCAAGGCACGCAAGGUGCACUGUGGCACUGUGGUCAUCGUGGAGGAGGAUGCCCAGAGGAAUGGGAGAAAAAACUCUAGCACCUCCACCUCCUCCUCAGGCAGCAGGAGGAAUGCCUUUCAGGGCGUGGUCUACUCGGCCAACCAGUGCAAAGCCCUCAUCACCAUCCUGGUGGUCAUUGGAGCCUUCAUGGUCACUUGGGGUCCCUACAUGGUUGUCAUCACCUCUGAGGCCCUCUGUGGGAAGAACUAUGUCUCCCCGACCCUGGAGACCUGGGCCACAUGGCUGUCCUUCACUAGCGCCAUCUGCCACCCUCUGAUCUAUGGACUCUGGAACAAGACAGUUCGCAAGGAACUACUGGGCAUGUGCUUUGGGGACCGAUAUUAUCGGGAACCAUUUGUGCAGCGACAGAGGACGUCCAGGCUCUUCAGCAUUUCCAACAGGAUCACAGACCUGGGCCUGUCUCCACACCUCACGGUGCUCGUGGCAGGUGGACACCCCCUGGGCCACAGCAGCAGCACUGGGGAUACCGGCUUCAGCUGCUCUCAGGACUCAGGAACAGAUUUGAUGCUGCUUGAAGACUACACGUCUGAUGACAACCCGCCCUCCCACUGCACUUGCCCGCCCAAGAGGAGGAGCUCAGUGACAUUUGAGGAUGAAGUGGAACACAUCAAAGAAGCUGCCAAGAACUCUAUUCUUCAUGUGAAAGCCGAAGUGCACAAGUCUUUGGACAGUUACGCAGCCAGCUUGGCCAAAGCCAUUGAAGCUGAAGCCAAAAUCAACUUGUUUGGGGAGGAGGCUUUGCCAGGGGUCUUGCUGGCAGCACGUACUCUCCUGGGUGCUGGCUUCGGGGGCCGCCGAGGCAGCAGAACUCACGUAAGCCAGCGGCUCCAGCUGCAGAGCAUUGAAGAAGGGAACGUUUUAGCUGCGGAACGGAGAUGAAGGCCUCCAGGGGGACUGCAGCCAGAGCUGGAGGUGGUGGUCUGUGGUGGGAUUCCCAUUAUCAUCUGUGCUGGAGCCUGCAAGAGCACAUCAGCAUGUACCGGGGGCCAUACACUGUUGUGGGGAAGGAACAGCAUCUGGUGUGCAGUCACCAGCAAAAGGAUUGGAAACUGUCUGGAGUUGGUGACCUCAGUGGCUGCUGCCAGACCACACAUAGGUUUGUCUUAGGCCCAGUGCUGGGACCAGAGGCGUCCAAAGCACAGAGGAAAGCAGACGGAGGUGUGGUCUUGACUUUUUGGGAGGUGAGCCAUAGAUGGGGGGCUAGAGACCAUGGGCUUGGAAGGAAACCACCGUGUCGAUCAUUUCAUCUUCUUCACAACUUGCAACCUGGGGUUCCAGGCAUGUCCUGAGGCUCUCAGGAGUGAAUCCUUCCCAGUGCACUGUGGGAACCACACGUCUUCCCGACAAAGCAAGAGCAUCCCCGGGGCUUCUGUGUGGUUGAUGCGGGCAGUGUGGGGUCUUCACUUCUAGACUAAGUGGUCCCCAGAGAGAAAACGCAGGAGCAGAGCAACCCAGACGGAGUUCCCAAACCUCGUCUCCUGGUUCCAGCCUUGCCUUCAGUGGAGUCCCCUGCUGGUGCUAGUCAGGGCAGCUCACAGGCCA